AUGGUGGAUUCAGCAAAAUAUCCAGCGUUAAUUCCCAAGACCUCUUCCCGAGCCCGACUUAUCAUCACUUCAAUUCAUCAAAAAAUGUUCCAUUAUGGCACUGAAUCGACUUUAGCUCAACUUACCCAACGUUAUUGGAUCCCAUCGGCGAGAGCACAAGUCAAGAGAAUCUGUCAAAGUUGCGUUAAAUGCAGAAGAGACCGAGGGCCAUCGUACAAUUGGCUUCCAGAUCCAGCGCCCCUUCCGGCAGACCGAGUCCGCGAGUCUUACCCCUUUGAAGUAACCGGCAUGGAUUACACCGGAGCAAUUCACAUUCGUAUCAAGAAAGAAGAGGAGUCAGUAUACAUUUUAUUAUUUACUUGUGGAGUGUCGAGGGCUAUUCAUUUGGAAGUGGUCGAAAACAUGACGAGCGGGGCCUUCAUCGAUGCGAUGCGUCGUUUUACGAGCCAUCAUUCCAUUCCCCAUGCGUCAACAUUUGUCAGCGCCUCAAAUAUUCUGAACAAGUUCUUUAAGCACCCUGACGUCGCAAAGGAGUUGGCCAACGAGCACCGUGGUAUGGAGGCUGGUGGGAGCGACUGA